GGGGCUCGAGAGCUGGGGACACUUCCUGUCCGGGGCCGCGGCUCAGAGUCCGGCAGGUGAGCGGCGGGGUCCCGGACGAGGGAACAGGGUCUCAAUUGUGCUACAUCUUCAAGAAGGCUUCUUUAGGAAGAUGGCAGACCUGGGGGGAGAACAGGAGUCACCUCCUGUUCCAUCCCCCAUCAGUUUUUCCUCACCUGGGAUAACUCCUGGACCUCAUCGCCACAAGGCACCGCUCCACCUCCAUGAUCAUCAACAUGGAUUUACAGUUUCCAAACCUGAUGUCAUUUCCUUGCUGCAGGAAGAGGAAGAACUGUCUGGCUCAGAUUUUCAAGGAAUCCAAGAUACAGAGAUCUCAAGAGACACCUACACAGAUUCUGAGUCUGAGAUUGAAUUGUUAACUCCAAAGCAAGAAGUUUCAGAAGAAGGAGAAGAACAUGAAGGGAUGUUGAAAAGUCUCCUCAGGAAUGUUCCUCGAGCACCCAAAUUUGCCGAACCCUGUGAACGGGAGGACAAUUUAGAAAGGCAGAUGGGAAACUCUGCUGGGGGCAGAGAGAGGAUAUCCCUCUCCCAGAAGCGAGGGUCCUGGCAUAUGACAGUCCUUCACCAGGAGGCUCCCCCAGUGGAGGGGAGUCAAGGAUGUGAUGAAUUUGGGGGAAGCUUUAGUCUGAGCUCAAGCUUUAUGACACGUCAGGGAGGCUCCAUAGGAGGGAAACCCCAUAAAUGUGAUACCUGUGGUAAAUGCUUCAAAUAUAAUUCAUUACUUAUUAAACACCAGAGAAUUCACACUGGAGAGAAACCCUAUGAAUGCAGUGAUUGUGGGAAGUGCUUCAGAGGGUGGUCAGGCUUUAUUCAACAUCACAGAAUUCACACUGGAGAGAAGCCUUAUGAAUGUAAUGAAUGUGGGAAAGCCUUCAGUCACAGUUCACAUUUUACUCAACACCUGAGAAUUCAUAAUGGAGAGAAGCCCUAUAAAUGUAAUGAAUGUGGGCAGGCUUUCAGCCAGAGCUCAAAUCUUAUUCGACACCAGAGACUUCACACUGGAGAGAAGCCCUAUGAGUGUAGUGAAUGUGGGAAAGCUUUCAUUUGGAGCUCAGUGCUCAUUGAGCACCAGAGAAUUCACACUGGGGAGAAACCCUAUGAAUGCAAUGAGUGUGGGAAAGCCUUCAGAGGGAGGUCUCACUUUUUUCGACACCUGAGAACUCACACUGGAGAAAAGCCUUUUGAAUGCAAUGAAUGCGGGAAAGCCUUCGGUCAGAGCUCACAACUUAUUCAGCAUCAGAGAAUCCACUACAGAGAAUAACCCCAGGAAUAUAAUGUAAUGAGUGUGGGGGAUGGAGGCCUUGAUAGAGCAGAGAAUCUACUUUGGGGCAUGAGCCCAUUAAAAAAAAUUAAGGUCCUAAUGGAAAAGGUUCUUGUCUGUCUAAUUCUCUUUGUGCAGCAACCUAGCCCAGCACCGCAUGCAGUGAGGUAAUUAAUAAAUACUUGGUGAUUGGUGAUAAUAAAUUCUUGUUUAUAACUGUGUAAAAUCCUUCAGUGACUUCUCCCCUACCCUAUUUACUGAGGGGUCACAAGAAGAGAAGAAAAAUAGGGAAGCAUAUUGUCAAGGGGGAAAAUCAGAAUUUGGGAAAUACGUGAGUGGUGGCCAAUUCCACGAAGAUCUCAAGGCCUAGAGAACAUUAAAUGGAGAACACUAGAUUUGGCUGAGAGGAGAUUGAGGGUAUAUAAGAAGGGCAUUGUAGGUAAUUCAGCUACCACCAGCAUUACUGAGCUCCCACUUUGGGUGAGUUAAAAAGACAGGAUAUAGCAUUCAUGUCCUUGAGGUUCUCAGGAUGGAGGAGAAUAAAUGUUCUUAGGUAGCCACUAGGCAAAGGGGACCUUGAAGAGGAAAGAAAAGUUGACUUCACUUCUCCUUACUCCACAAGGUCUCUUAUUUCCACCUCCCUCCCUAUUGUUUCUUGCCCUUCCCUUCUCUACCCCUCCCAUUUUUGUUCCUUCUCUAUUUCUACUUGCUGUGAGAGGGGCAGGGUGUGGUAGAAUAGGGGGUCCUUUGUGUGUAACUGGUGGCCAAAGCAAAAUCACUCCCUACCCCUUAACUGUGUACGAGUAAGGAACUAGGUUUAAAAGUACCUUGAUAGAAUACCUUGCAAGGGACACCACAGUAUCAAUAAUAAAUUAUUUUUAAAGUUCAUUCAGGGUAGGAUUCCACUUAUAGCUUUAAUGAAGUCACUUGAUAGUGCAAAAGACUUACCGAAUGAUAAAAGAGAAUCGGAAUUCUAGAGCUGGAAUUCUAGUAGUUACCUAGUCCAACCUUCUACCCCAUGUAGGAAUGAAUCUAUGGCUUUCCUAAUAGAUGGUUAUCUUGUCGCUGCCUGAAUACUUCUGGUGAUAGAGGACUCUAACUGCAUUGAGGAGCAGUUUGGGUCUGAUUUUUAGGAGUCUAGUCCUUAUACUGAGCUGGAAUUUGCUGCUCUAUAACACCCACUCAGUAUUCACAUUAAUCCUCAUUUGGCCCUCUGGGGCUAAACAGUUAAAUCUCCUUUUUUAUAUGACAACCCUUAAAGUAAUUUGAAGGCAUAUUAUGUUCUUCCUCAGUCUUCUCCAGUUACUUCAUCUAAGUCUCAUGACCUAAUCCCUUUCAUCCUGAUUGUUUUAUAGAUGUGUUCCAAUUUGUUAAUGGUCCCCCUUAAAAUCUGGUGCCUAGAAUCUUACAGGUCUAAUCAUGACAUAUAAAAAGAGAUCCUAAUUUUAAAAUUUCUUUCCUUCCUAAUAUGUAUAGAGAGUGUUUCCUGUACUGUCUUGAAGUAGACACAUUAGACCAGAUAAUUGCCUGGAUUAACUGGAUUAGCCUCACAAACCCAUCUGGUCCUGUGCUAUAUCCCAUAGAGAACCAAAGGGAUAUGUGGUAGUAGAUCAUGAUUGUCCCUAAUGGUGUCCUCAGAGAACUCCAAAACAUCUUGGCUUACCUUAGUGAUUUGUUACAGAUAUAUCACCAAAGAGUUCACAUAAUAGUAUUUUCAAAGUUCAUAGGUUCAGCCUUAUAUACCCUGUCAGGGCAUUCCUAGCCACCAUGGGUUGUAUGAUGUAAAACUUGACAUAGUCUAUCUCAGCUUACCUCUCAAAUUUUAAGGAGUGUUCCUUUGUUUAAUCUAGCAUUGGUGAACAUAGCCCUCUUUACCCCAUUCCUACCAUUCAUCAUUUUAGGGACUUCAAACAUAAAGUAACCUCAUUCCUUUAUCCUUAGGAUUUAGGAAGCUUAGAGAUAGAGUAGUCCAUCUGCAUUUUACAAAUAAGGAAACUGGGGCUUGGCAAGGAGAAGGGACUUUUCUAAAAUCACCUUGGGAGCCUAGACUUGAACCCAUGUCUUCCAUCUAGUUCUUUUAUUCUUGAGGUCUUAUGGCCAGAAACUGAUUUGGCAGCCCGUGGUUUUAUACAUGCUUUUUAGGUUAACAUUUGUCAUUUUGUUUCUAAUAGUCUUCUCAAUAAUAGCACAUUUGGCGCUCUAACUCCCCCAUCUCAUUUUUACUUAUAUUCUAAGGUUCUGAUAUUGAGCUUUUCAGGAUAACAACUAGUUCACCUGAUAAAUUAUAUCUCAUCAGCAAGAAAGAGUUUAAGGAAUAGGAUCCCUUGCUGCCACCACCACCCUCCCCCCAGUUCUCCCACUCAAAGUAAUAUGCUUAUAUUUAACAGCUUUCUAAAGCUGAGAAUUUACCCAUCAAUUGCAAUAGUGGGUAUUUGGGGUCAGAUUUGUGUGUGUGUGUGUGUGCACGCAUGCGUAUGCAUGUGAGCAUGUGCAUAUGUGUGGGUACAUGUGUGCAUGUGCUCAGGAAAAAUGGAAUGCUAGAGUUAGAAGGGCCCAUAUAAGUCACCUAGUUCAAGUCUCAGAACAUGAAUUCUCUACAGCAGUCCCAGCAGUUUUAGUCUAUGUGUAAAGUUCUCCAGUGAUGGGUAACUUACAGUCUAGCAAGGCAGCAAAUUCUAUUUUUCAACAGCUCCAAUUCCUUCCUCAUUGUGGCAAGACCACUUAUUCAAGGUCCAGCAACCCUUCCUCUGAUAACAGACCUAGUUGUGUUCUCACACCUUCAACUAUUGAGACCUAGUAUCCUUUCCUUUGAAGUAUUAUUUCUUUAUCUCUGUUACCCCAUCCCUCUGUCCCUGGUUAUCUCAUUUUAGACUUCAAGCUUUCCAAUGCAUGAGUUAAAAUAUAAGCUAAUAAGGCCUUCUGCUUUAAGUAUUUACUGCUCUGAUUAUUAUGAAACAUCCUUUAAAUUGCCAAAUAAUGCAGUAGACUGGACAGUCAUCUAAUCCAAUAGAUGGAAAAUAUUGCAGAUGAGAAAACAGCUCAGAAAAGUUAAGUGACUUGCCUAAAGUCACAUAGGUAGUAAGGAGGCAACCCAAGUCUAAUAGGCUACAUAUCCAAGCCUUAGCAAUGCACUAUGCACCUCUAUUUGUUAAGAAGUUCUGUUGAAUGAAAAUCUGACUCACUAUGACUUUCAGCCUUUGGGCAUAUUUCUGCCUUCUUGGAUCAAGAGGAACAAAUCUUAUCUCCCACAUAGACUCACAUAUUCUCAUGAUAGAAAGACAUCUCAGAAAUCACGUAGGCCAAACCAAACCCAAAGCAUGAAUCCACUUAACAGGAUGAUCAUUUAAUAUUGGAAGAUUUUCAUUGAAUCUCCCCUUAAGUUUUCUCUUCUUCAGGCUAAACAUUCCCAUUUCUGCCAAAUUUCCUAUGACAUAGUCUUAAUUCCAUUAUCCUGAAUGUCCUCCAGAUAGCAAUAUCUGCUGGAGGGCAGGAGACACUAUAAACCACACAACAGGCAGGCUAUAUACCAACAUGGCUUCAGGGCAGGAAUGGAGUCAUAGGUCAUGUAUUUAGGGCAGGAGGGAAUUAGAGGUCAUCUAAUCAUAGAUUUAGAGCUGGAAGGGGGAGGACAUACGGCCAACUCCCUCAUUUUUCGGAUGAUGAAACUGAAAGGCCCAGCCUACCCCCAGUCUCUGCCCCUUGUUACAGAUGCCCAAAGUCACAUAGCUAGUGAGUAGCAGAAAUGGGAUUUGAAUGAAGAUCCUUUUCUUCCAAAUUGAGUGGUCUUUCCACUAUACCAUGAGGCUUUUGUUAGGGGACAGCUUGACAGGGGAAGCUCUGACAGUUCUUGUGCCUUCAAGUUGUUGGCAGUUCUUAGACUGGUCAAGGAAGCCUUGACCACUGAGUGUGUACAAUCUUACUUCCUGCAUCCCAGGAUCACCUGCUGCACCUGGAAAGGCAGGACAACAAAAGCUCCCAUUUGUAUGGUGUUUUAUUGUUUACAGAACAUAUUCUUCGUAAUAGUUCUAUAAAGUAGGCAAUGUAGUCCGUCCUCAUUCUUCAAGUGAGGAAACUAUGAUUUGUAGAGGUUAACUAAGUACUGUGUAUUUUGGAAGUUUUAAGAGAUGAGUAUGACAAGUCAGUCUCGCUGUUUCCAAAGAUGUGUUGGAGUUCUGUCACUGAGUGAGAGGAUCAUCUCAUACUCUAUAUGUGGGAGGGACACUCAGAAUCCCUUGCCCUCCCCAUUCUGAUCUUUCAACUGACUUUAAAAUUUCUCUUCCUACUGUCUUUUCCCUCUUAUCCAUCCAUUAAUUUAUGUUCAUUGAUGUGUUCAUUUUAAAAAUUUCUGUUAGGCAUUUAUUGCUGCCAGGCUCUGUUUUCAGGGCUAAAGACAAGAAAACACCCUUGCCUUCUCAAAUGUGGACAUUAUGGUUGCUAAUGGGAGUAGAAAAAAAGAAUAUUUGUUUAAGAAAAACUGAUAAAAAUAAACUUGAAAAGAAACACAAUUUCUCAGUUACAAUGUUGAGGAGAGACACAGACCAUUCUGAAGACCUGUCUUCGUUUCCCGCCUGACUGCACUCCUUUGGAUUUCCAUCAUGCCCCAGGAAUCUCUUCAUCCUGCAAGAUCACAUCAGUCCUUGUACUCAAAAUCAUCAGUAUCCUCUGCUCCUCAGGCCCCCUUGGACUGGAGGACAGAGCAAAAAACUCUUCCCAUUUAAGGACAAUGCCCAGGCCAACCAUCUCUUCAUUUCCUGGCUUCUGUCUUUUGGACUUCUCCAUCAUGCCCCUGUAUCAGGUACCUUUCUCCUGUACCCCACCCCACACUUUUCAGCUUCCUUUUCUGCUGUUGUCUUCCCCCAUUGGAAUGAAAGCUCCUUGAAAACAGGAACUUUCUUUUUCAUAUUUGUAUCCCCAGCACUUAGUACAGUGACUGGCCCAUAGUAAGUGUUUAAUAAAUGUGUAUUGACUAACUGACCAGCUAGAGAACUGCCCUUUGGAAGAAUGUAUCGAAAAGAGCCCAUCUAAAGCUAGUGCAAUGACUGAGGUAACGAUGGCAGCAGAGCAUUAUGGUCCAACAACUCAUUUGCCUGUGACUUUUAAAAGUCAUAACUGAGAAAGAGCCAAUCAAAUAACUGUUUGGGGAUUAUAAGACUAUAUAAGGACUGUUAGGGUAAACUUGACAGAAAGGUGGAUCUUUUGAAUUUUACAUCAUAAGUGAGAGAUAGGUAACUGAGUAUGAGGAGCCUCUGACCUGAGCUGUUAGAAGCUAUAGGCCGGCAUGAGAAAAAGCUAUAGACAAAGAAAAAGAGGGGGGCAGCUGAGAAAAUAGAGAAAGCUGAGCACAAGAGGAGUUAGAGAUAGAAGGCACAAGAAGUGAGGAGAGGAGCUAUUUACAGGAGACAGAAUAUAGCAAGCCAACAGGUGCUCAGUCCACUGAGAGAGAUGCCUGCUGCCUGGUAAGCUCUGCAGCUGCUUGAAGUUCAAUAUGGAGGGCUGCCUGAGCUUAUGUUCUGUAGUGUUAUCUAUAACCCAAAAGAGGGGAAUUCUCCCAAGUGGUCCUUUGUUGACUUUUUUGCUCUCUCUGGUUUGAGAAAGAGAAACAGAAAGGGAGAGACAGGUUUUACAUCUGCUUUGCUGUGUGAGAAGAGGCUUGGCUUUCCUGAAAGCUGAUCGUAUAAAACAUAAUCCAUGCUUUUUGGAAAAAAUGGCUGGGGAUGGAUUCUUAGUCCUAAUUGCUAUCUUUGGCUUGAUAAGGAGAAAGUCUUCAGCUCCCCAAAGCAAAUGUGAAGCGUUUGGCAGUUCUCAGCAUAGGAGAGUUUCUAGUCACUGAGCAUAGCAUUUUCUCAGCAUUUUCCCAGGAACAGAUGUGUGCUAAAAUAGUUUGUCACUGUUUGAGCAGUCCAAGGGUAGUAGCAGAGCAGCAGUUUUGCCUAGCAGAUGGCUCAAUAUGUCAAAGUCAUCUAGACUUGUUGUGAGGUGGCCUGGGCACAUAAGUUUUCCCUACUCACAUGCCCCCCUGCUAGGUUUCUAUAAAGUUCUCACCAUGAACAUUGUGUGUGUUGGUAAAGAGUUUGGCCUUGGUUUGUGGUUUAACUUAUAUUUUGAUUAUUCCUGCUCUCACCUUUUAUUAAGUAAAUAUUAUUAUCUUGCAUAGUAUUGAGAAAAGAUUAUGAUUAUUCCUGCUUUUGCCUUCUGAGUAAAAAUGUUACAGUUAUUCUUGCUUUUGCCUUAUUAAGUAAAUGUUUCAUGUUUAAAAGUUAA